AUGGAGAAUCCACCGGAUCUUUUGGUUGCUUUUACAUCGGAUGAUUCAUGUCAAGAUAAGAAGAAAUUAGUCGAUGAUGAAGUGAUCGAUUAUCUUCAUGUAGAGAAAAAAGCUCUUGAAUACGAAGUACAGCAAUUACGAAAACAAAUCAAUGAACGUCGGCAAACAAACAACGAAUUUGAUGAUCAAGCGUAUUUGUUACAACAACGAGUUCACGAAGAAAUUCAAACGGUCAUUCAUCAACAUAAACAAUUGAUACAACAAGUGACUAAUGAUCUAUCGAUUUAUGUUACUAAUAUGUUACAAAAACGCGUUGAAAACAUUGAAAGUUUAAGAUUAUUACAUCAGAAAGAAUUAUGCGCACAUUCGCCAGAUUUGACUGACUGUAUUCGACAACAAUCAUGCGAAAUGACUGAACUUUGUUCGCAUUUGCUUGAUGAGCAACGUCAAGAGCCGAUGAAUCUAUUCGAAAUAUUGAAUACUGAAUUUCAAAGUGCACUGAAUCAGUUACAAACAAGUUUCGACUCCAAAGUCAAUUAUCUGCAUGAUAUUCACUCAUCGACCAUCGACAAAUUAAAUACCAAACAUACCAAUGAAAUCGACGAAAUCAAAUGUGAAUUAAAUUUAGCGUGCAAUCGAUAA